AUGUCUGAAGAGAGUCGACCUUUCAUCUCACAUGGCUCAAGGUCGCUGGCAGAGAAAUCGGAUGAUGAAUCGUCCGAGAACUUCGUGAUCGAAAUUCGUCAACCCAAGUCUCUGUUGUUUCUACGCAUUGCCUGUGUUCUGGAAGGCAUUGCCCUCAUUCUGCUGACAAUUGGACUUAUCCUUGCUUUUCAAACGAGGAACCCGGAGUUAGAUUCCGAUCUUGAAUGUGCCCGACAAGUAUCAGCUUAUUCUCCACUCCUUGAAGAACCCGACUUGAUCAAGUAUUCCGAGUACGAUCUUCCACUGUACUUCAACGAGAAAACAGACUAUCGUGGCCCACCAACCCCCGAGAGAGAGGUAAUGUGGGAGAAACUUUGGCACCAGGGUGCAUUUGAGGUGCCUGAAGAUAAGUUGGGUAUCAUGAACAAAUCACAUUCAGGUAGAACAUACAAACAUGUUCCACCGGAGGUGGGAACUGGCUAUGCGGCUCAACUGGAAGUCCUUCAUCAGUUGCAUUGUGUGCAUAUGCUCCGACAGUGGUCCUACAAAGAGCACUGGCUCGACAAAGGGCUUGACUUACCCGGAAGUCUUUAUGGAGACCCGAAGCUCACGAGAAUGCAUCUAGAUCAUUGCAUUGAAGUUUUACGAGCAAACAUCAUGUGUACCUCUGAUGUGACACCGAUCCUUAUAGAAUUAGAUCCAAAAGCACCAUUUGGAGAACGUGCCGAUUUCCGGUCAAACCAUAAAUGCCGCAACUUCUGGGAGAUCCGUCAAUGGGUCAUUGACCAUACUGCUAUUCCUUGA